AUGCUCCGUAAAUUCCUUCAUUUUCGGCCUAUUUUCACGCAAACAGCCAGGAAUAAGGUCCGGAAAGUUGGAAACUCCCAGAAAUCGACGAAGAAACCGUCAAUAAAAAAUGCUCUCCCUCCUGAAGCCGAAAACAAGCUGAAAGAAUGGCCAAAAUUGGUGGAAUUGGAGAAGGAAGCUGUGAUAAACGCGAGCGCAGGCAAGGUUUUGUUGAGAGAUCUGACUUUCCGCGAAUUUCGCUACGAUGCGAUUGAUGGGAGGAUUUUGGAGUUGAAUCUGCCUGUGAACAUGACUGGUAAGUGCUAUUUGUUUUUUUGAUUUCGAUUUAGGCUCGGUUUGGAGGCAUUUAUCUUCAGCAUGUCAAGUGCAAUAUUGCUUUUGGUCAAAGCUUUACUCUUUUGAGGCUUUUUCUAAAAAAUAUUUUUAGAUGAGCAAGUUAGAAGGAUUUCUGUUCUUUUGCGACCUGGCGUGUGGCUUCAGCUUGUUGCUGGCACCGAGAAAUACACGGUUGUUGUACUUGAACAGAAGGUCGAUUCUAUUCGAUUGAAACUGUUUGCCAAGGGAAUAACAGACAUGGAAAACUGGGAUGGUUUGAGUUUUACACUGUCAUUCGAGAAAGAGUCGAGUCCACUCAGCUAUUUGACGGAAUUCUGGUCAGACAGGAAAAGCUUGGUAAAAAUGCCUGGAUGGGCAAAUUUUCUGAUGGCACACCACGGUAUGGCGUUGCCGGUGAUGGGAAAGACCAAGUCGAUCAAGUUCUACUCCGGUGUAAGAUUUUCAUUUGAUUUUGUUUUGUCGAUUUAGGCUUGUUCUCUUAUAUUGAACUAGUGAUGGUAAAUCAAGAUUUUCAUAGGCUGAUGUCUUGACUUCAAUGGUCAAUUUGGAAUGAAAAUGUCCUUAAUGAUGAGUAAUUUUUAGAAUCUCAACCACUCUCAGCAGAAUGCCGUGACCAAAGCACUGGCGCCUCGACAAAACAUCUUAUCCAUCCAAGGGCCUCCUGGAACAGGGAAAACGGCCGUAGUAGCUGAAAUCAUCCAACAGGUUAGCUCUCUUUUUCUCAUAGAGCAAAGGUACUCUCUACAGAGUAUUUGCAAGCUUUUUUGCAACCUCUAACUUAUAUUUUCAGGUCGCCAGAUCAGGGAAAAAGAUUUUGGUCCUUGCCCCUUCGCGGAAGGCGAUAAAUAACGUCUCCGCACGGGUCCAUCAACUAAUCCAGAAUCCAAGUUAUCAUUGCAAUGUCACUCACGGCUCUGGAACUCUGAGUAUCAACGAUAGAAUACGAAGUCACGAUGAUUUCUCAACUCUGGAAGCGUUUUUACCGGUUUCUUCGGACUUGGACAGUCAAAUUGAAGACUCAACUUCGAUGAAGCGCUUUAACCAAGCGAUGCGACUGAAGGCCACUCUGAAAACGCAGAUCCUUGAGCACGCCAAAGUGGUUUAUUCGACGAUUCAGUCGUCUGUUGUGAGGCAGUUGCAGUACCAUAAAUUCCAACCGGAUUAUGUUGUAAUUGAUGAGGCUGCGCAGACCUGGGAAUGUGUGGCUUGGCAAGCCGCUUUAUUGGUAAGUUUGGGGAGUAUUUGACAUGAUAUGGACAGUUUUUACUUUGGGUUACCUUCAAAAUUUUGAAUUUUAAUUUUCCCGCAAAAUUUUGGCAUUGUGUUUUAGCUGUAGGAAAUGGACGGAAAUGAUGUCAUAAUUCAUUUUCUGAUUUUUAAUGACUGUUUUAUGACAAGUUUAAUAAAUUUUCAACCUAAUUUUGGGGUUUUUUUCAGGCACCGAAAGUGAUUUUUGUUGGUGAUCAAAAUCAGCUCACAGCGUCGGCGAUGUCAGCCAAAGCCGCCGAAAAUGGCCUCACAAGGACCGUUAUGGAACAUAUUGAGAAGAACUUUGGCAAGACCCUUCAAACUCGGCUCACAAAACAGUACCGAGCAAACGAAAAAAUAAUGCGUUGGUCGAAUGAGGUCUUUUAUGACGGGGAAAUUGAAGCCGAUGAGAGUGUGAAGAACAUCACAAUUGACGAAUUAUUGCAGAAUCCGAAGGGUGGACUGAUUAAAGACCCAAUUGUGUUUUAUGACACGGCUGAAGCUGGGCAUUUUUAUAGGGAAAAGAGAACGCAAGGGAUUUCGUUUGAAAAUCCCGGAGAAGCGAAUGUGUUGAUUGCCCAUGUGAAGAGGUUGAUUGAAGCAGGCAUUCGACAGGAAGAUAUCGGCAUCAUCACACCGUAUACUGGUCAAGUUCGGCUUUUGAGGGAAGGUGAGAUUGGAAAAUUGGAAAAUUUUUUGAAAGUUUAAGCUGUUUUGGAUAAAACAAGGUAUUUUUUAUGUUUUUUCUGGCCGAAGUAGAUCAAAGUGUUUGUAAUUUUAUAUAAUGUCAUGUUUUACUUGGAUUUUCCGUUUUCAGCCAACCUUGGCCUCGAAAAUGUCCUCAUCAGCACUGUCGAUGGGUUCCAAGGCGGAGAACAUGAAGUCAUCCUCCUGUCGUUGGUCAGAAGUAACAACAAUCAAUCGAUUGGAUUUCUAACAGACCUCAGAAGGAUGAAUGUGUCCCUAACCCGAGCUAAACGUCAACUUUUCAUCGUUGGCGACUCAAGAAUGCUACAGGUUGAACCGGCCCUGAAGCGACUGCAUGAGAUUUUAUUGGAAGAAGGAAAAGUUGUCACGUUAAAGGAGACCAAGAAGACUGCUGGGAAAGCAAAACAUUAG